AGGGUAGAGGGGGCAGGCUCAGGCUCUAGGACUUACAUGUAUCUGUAUCCAGCAGGAAGAGAGACAUCAAGCAGAAGAGAGUGCUGGGAAGUGAACAUCUAUAGAUAGACAAGACUGUGGACGAGAGGUUUGACUAGCUGUCAAGGUGUCAAGAGAAAAUAUAUUGUUGUGGAGAUCUGACCUGGGAGCUGAGGAAACAUGGGAGUGUACAAUGAACAAGGGGAGGCUCUUGGUGAUCAAGAGACACAGAAGGGCAUGACCCCAAAAGACCGACAAGGGGGGGUCAGUGGUCGCCAUGGUAUCCCAAGCCCCAUGUCGCUGCAUAGACAACAAUCCCAACUCCCCCCUACAGAUGUGUUCAACGACGUCAUGUACAUGGUGGGCGGCUGGACCCAGCAGGAUCCAUCCUGCCCGGUGGAACAGUUCUGUCCCCUGGAGAAUGAGUGGAAGAACAUGGCCUCCAUGAUCAAUCACCGUGGUAACGUGGCCGUGUACGGCCUGGCCGGGAAGAUCUACACGGUGGGUGGGUCCGAUGGUGUCUCGUGCAAGAGCAGCGUGGAGAGGUACAACCCAGAGACCAACACCUGGAGUAACGACGUGGCCCCACUGAGCAGCACCCGCAGUGGGGUGGGUCUGGUGGAGAUGGAUGGAUAUCUAUACGCCCUUGGAGGAUACGACGGCAUGGUCUGCACCAACACUGUUGAGAGAUAUGAUCCCAAAAUGAAUAGCUGGACGAAGCAGCCACCGAUGCUGAGCCGGCGUUCUGGGGCAACGGCUGCUGUGAUGGAUGGUCAGCUAUACGUGAUUGGAGGCAGCGAUGGCGAUGCACCCAUGAACACAGUGGAGCGAUUCAAUCCCUUGGAUGGGAUGUGGUAUGCGUGCACCCCCAUGAUGACUCCUAGAGAGAACGCGGGCUGCUGUGUGUACCUGGGACGUCUGUUCGUGGCCGGAGGAAGAGAUGAACUCAACCUGGAGCUCAGCGCUGCAGAGAAGUUUGAUCCAGACACUCUGAGUUGGACCCCCGUCAAACACAUGAGAUGCAAGAGAAACAAAAUGUCUCUGGUGGUGUUCAAUGGGUCGUUGUUGGCUGUGGGAGGAUCUGAUGGCAUCACCAAUCUGAAAACAAUAGAAGUCUACAACCAUGACUCAAAUACAUGGAGACACAUUGGGAGCAUGAAGACCAAGCAUCCCGGAGGCCACAUUGCCAUGUUGAAGACCAAGCAUCCAAGAUCCAAGACCAAGAUCAAACACAGUUACAGCCUGUAACUAGAGAUUAUAAUGGUGAUGGAGAACAGCAUAUGGAUUUAUGAUAUAGAUUUGUAUACUGUGUAUGUCCAUGUUGAAAUAGCACUGUAAUUCCCCGUAUAGUAUGUAAACAUGUAUGGCUAUUUAUUUAACUUUUAUUUAACCCAGAAGUCUUUCCUAAGAAAUGAAACUAUGGACCAGGAGUGUCAAGCACCCAUUAUUUUAGAGGGGGCGUUGUCCAGGUUGGAAAAUGUAUAAUUUUUUAAACACCUAAAAUAGCUUAUACCUGCAAUCUAGAGCCAUAAUCAUUAUGCCCAAUUCUAUGGAAAAAAAAAAAUAAUAAAAUAAAUUAUAUUUUUUAUGCAUAGGUUAUCUAAGCAUACCUCUUUACCUGUUCAAUUGUCAUUAUUAUUAAUGAUGCAUUGAUUCUUUAAGAAAUGUUAUGCCUUACAUGCUGACCACACCACUCACGUCGCAAAAAUACAUUUACACAUAGAGUGCAUGCUAUUCAAUCAUUGCACCAACACUGCUCGUGCACGCCAACAAGCGUCUGCAUUGGAAAGCGCUAAAAUAGAAGUCAGUUCUAUUUGAGUCGCUGAAUGUGGUGCAAGUCCUGCCUCUCCCAUCUUCUCAUUGGUUUAUAGAAGCAUAUACACAUGUGCCAUCUCCUCAUUGGUUAUACCCACAUGGGUG